GGAAAGACCCGGUUCGGCGCUGCCGCCGACGCUCGCUCCUGCUCUCGGAGUCGCGCCGCGGCCGCGCGUGACCGGCAUGAGCGCGCGGCCGGGCCAGUGACCGCGUCGGAGAUGGACUGCGGCUCCGUCGCGGGGGAGAAGCCGAAGCGCCUGCCCGGCCGCCGGCGCCUUCUGCUCUUCCUGGCCGCGGGCCGCGGCGGAGGCCCGGGCGGCCGUGGCGUUCCUGCGCGCCGCCUCGUGCCCACGCUCCCCGGCGGUCUGGGGGCGCUGCGGCCCCGCGGCCCGGCGGCCCGCGCCAGCGCGUCACGUGCCUCCCCGCUGUUCCUCGUCCUGCUUGUGCCCUUCCCGCGCCUGGCCGCCGCCGGCCCUCGCCGGCCGCUGGCGGACUGGGAGCGGUGGCGCGCCGGGCCCUUGUUCGCCGGGCGCGGCGGCGCGUGGAGGUGGCAGCCUGGCCUGGCCCCCCGCGUCGCCUGCGCGGCGGGCGCGCUCCACCUGUGCCUCCGGCGGGUGGCCGCCCUCGCUUCCUCGAGGAGAGAGCUGAGCCUCUCUGCGGGCAGCCUGCAGCUGGAGGGCAAAAGGAGAGAGUUCGCCUCUUCUGGGAGUAGGAAGCUCUACUUUGACACCCACGCCUUAGUGUGUUUACUCGAAGAAAAUGGGUUCACUACUCGACAAGCGGAAAUCAUUGUGUCUGCCUUGGUCAAGAUCACAGAGACCAACAUGGAUGUCGUCUACAAAGAUAUGGUCACCAAGAUGCAGCAGGAGAUCACUCUUCAGCAGUUAAUGGCUCAGAUUGCUAAUGUGAAAAAAGAUAUGAUUAUUUUGGAGAAGAGUGAAUUUUCAGCCCUUCGAUCAGAAAAUGAGAAGAUAAAACUUGAACUACAUCGGUUAAAACAACAAGUAAUGGAUGAAGUGAUCAAAGUCCGAACAGAAACCAAAUUAGACUUCAAUCUAGAAAAAAGCAGAGUCAAAGAAUUGUAUUCAUUAAACGAAAGGAAGCUGCUGGAAGUAAAAACAGAAAUGGUGUCAUUGCAUGCCCAGCAAGAUCGGGCCAUCACACAGACAGACAGGAAGAUAGACACCGAGGUCGCUGGCCUCAAAACCAUGCUCGAGUCGCACAAACUCGACAAUAUAAAAUAUUUAGCAGGAUCCGUGUUUACGUGCCUAACGGUAGCUCUGGGAUUUUAUCGCCUGUGGAUAUAAUAAAGUGUCUGUUUAAAGAGCAUUCUUUUGUUUUGCCUUAAGAA